AAAAUUUGGCGCGUAAAUUUGACAUUUCAGAAACCCUAGAUUUUUUUAUAGAUCAUCACGUGUUUCAUCUAAAGCAGUACUUACUUUCCUCUUUGUAGUAGUUCUAACUAAAUAAUUAAAAAUGCCAAUGGCUCUGUCAACACAAGAAGCUGCCGAUGAUGACCAAUUUGUGUUGUUGGCCAAAAUAGAUAAUGCAAGGAGUGUAUCAAAUAUUCUAAAAGCAAUUCACUUUAAGGAGACUGCAACUGUUUUUGCCAGUGCUAUGGGACUAAAAGUCACAGUGGAAGAUGCCAAAUGCAUUCAAGCUAAUGCCUUUAUACAGGAAGGCAUAUUCCAGGAGUUUACUAUAAAGGAAGAACAAAUAACAUUCAAAAUUAACCUAACUGUUUUGUUGGAAUGUUUGACAAUCUUUGGCAGUGGAGCAGUGAGUGGUGCCUGUACAAGCCUUAAGAUGUGUUACCGUGGAUACGGGUGUCCUCUGAUAUUAAUGUUAGAGGAAGAUGGCGUGCUAACUGAUUGCAGUAUCAAGACCCUCGAACCUGAUGAAGUCCUGGACUUCAAUUUCUGUAGCACCAAUGUUGUCAAUAAGAUCAUAAUGAAGUCGGAAUGUCUGAAGGAGGCAUUCAAUGAGCUGGACAUGACCAGUGACAUACUGGAGUUUCUCAUGUCUCCAGACGCCCCGUAUUUCAGACUGUCAACUUUUGGAAAUGCAGGAAGCACCACAUCUGACUUUCCUAAGGACUCGGACAUGAUGGAAUCGUUCCAGUGCUCCCAGACACAGACAAACAGGUACAAAGUGUCUCUCCUGAAGCCAUCAGUGAAGGCCCUUGCUCUGUCGUCACGUGUCUCCAUACGUACAGACAAUCGGGGUUUCCUGUCCCUCCAAUACAUGAUCAAGAAUGAAGACGGCCAGGUUUGCUUCGUGGAAUACUAUUGUGCCCCUGAUGAAGACCUUGAUGAACCAGAUCACUGAUAACGGGGGUCAAUGUCACUGGCAAAAUGUCGAGGUCACAGUUACUAACAUGCUUUCAAUACAUAUCAGAGGAUAUACUGCAAAACAUGCAACACACACUGUAUUUGAGUGGAGAUCUCUUGCCUUGUGAGGUAUAUCUCAUAUAAGAAUAAAAGGAAUGUGAAGUUUUCAAUCUCGCUAAGUUACUGUACAAACUUAAUUUGUGUUCAAAGGUCUAACGAGUGUCAGACCUUCUUAGUUACCAUCAUACAAUUGUUGAUCAUGCAAAUCAACGUGAAACACUUCACUAUUGUAUUUGAGGCAUUCUUACAAGAGUUUAAGUUACGCAGGUAAUAUCGUAGAUAACAAUUUCACCAUAGAGAAUGAUAUAUAAACUCCAGACUUUUUUUGAUUGCCUAAUUACAAUGAAGAAAUGAGUACUCAAAGAUGCAUUUUGACAUAGUAAAUAAUGUAUAAAUGUAUAGCAAAAGCUUGACAAUUUAUAUUUUAUUAUAUUCUUGUUUGUUAAUGAUUAGCUAGAAAUACAUUUGUGAAAUA